GAUUAUAUUAUCAAUCGAAACAAGAACCCUGUUCCUAACGCGUUUUUCUCCGCAAAGCAAUCAAAAAUCUGACGAAAGAUAAGACGCUCGUCGCUCUAUAUAAUGAAUGUUAGCUUAAGGCCUAAUCAUUCACUGCUUGACCCGAAUUUCGAGUCUUACAAACUCAGUCUCCUUAAACUUCCUAUUUAUGAGGCAAAUAGUCAAAAUGGAGUAUACUACAAACCUCUCCACGAAGUUACUUCCAAACAACACCUCAAGGCAUAUAAUAAUAUCAACUGUUUAUCUGUUAAUCCAUUUGAUACCAGUCAUUUUUACUACAUGAAUACGUCUGGAUCCUUAGUGUUAAUGAAGAUACCGCAAUAUCCACAAAACUUCAACCAAGGUACUGUGGUUUUCACCCUUCCUGAUUGGCGUGAGCAAUCUCAUGAAAAGUUUAACAGUGUUUCUUUGCAAUUUCCUGCGCCACAUUACGUAUCGUUGUAUGAUGGUUCGGGUAAUCUCUAUCUCCUAAAGUCAGAUAUUCAACAAAAUAGUGAUUUACUCAGUGUUGUUAGCAGCAUCCAACCUCCCAUUCAUGAGAAAGAUUGUCAGAUGUUGGACUCUGUAAUUAGUUCUGAUAACAAUACUCAUCAACUCUUUUUGGAUUGUAUAUUUGCUGGUGUAUCGAAAAAAUCUGAGCAAAACGGCUCAACCUCAACUUACGUGACGUAUCUUGAAUGGAUCUCUUACAACUCUCCGGGAUCCAAUAUAUCGUGGUCUAUAAUACGGCAUCGAAAAUUUGUCGCCCCUUCGUUUCCUGAGUUUGCUGCUUUAGAGGGUGAUUGUUCAGCACUGCAUAUUUGCUCGGAAAGGAAAUUUCAUGCUGUUUACGACUCAUGUGAUCCAUCUGUUUGUGAAAAUUACCGUAGCGAAUGUUCUGAGUUGAAACAAACAUAUACAGAAGAUGCAUUUGUUCGACAAGAUGCCACGUUUUCUGUCACUUGGAAACAAACUGAUGCCGGUGAAAAUAUCAAUUCCAGUUCGCUCAGUAUUACUUUUACAUUAAAUGGGAUCGCACUGCCACCUUCUUACGAUUCGAAUGCUGUUUCUGUAGCUAUCAUUCCAGUUUGUGAAGAGUCUCCUAAAAAUCAGUUACUCCGUGUAAACCUGCAUUCAUACAUUCCACUCACAGAAACUGUGAAAGUCAGUGACUGUCCAAUCACAUUGAUCGAUCAGAUCCUUUACGAACCGGUACAACUCACUUCUUCGUGGACCUAUGAUCGAAAAAAUAACUGCAUUGAAAUACGCAUGAACAAACAGAAUCCUCACUAUUGGCCCCGUCUGUUACUCGAUUCAAGUGAAAAUGAAACAUUAACCGAGAUGCGAUAUUCACAUCAGACUGGGUCAAACGAUCAUGUACAGUCAGAUGGAAAGGCUGAUUUGACACCGAAACCUCCUUUUAAUGUUGGCCAGCUCGAAGAAGUUGAUUUUCCAAUGAGUGAAGAUGAUAUUGAUCUUAUAUUACAACGAUUUAACCAUGAAACUCUGAAGUGUACUCAUCAGGUCUAUUUAUCAGGACAUCAGUGGUUGUUUAAAGUCCGUUGUGCUACGUGGAAACCGAAUGCUACUCACGCUUUCUGUAUUCGUCAUGAUGUGGAUGGAAUAGUUUGGUUGCCAUUGUGCCAGUCUAGCUUGAAGAAUACAAGGUCUGCAGAAGAUCCAUGUAUCUGGAGACACGUCUCAACUUUGCAAGCAUUUGGUUACGUCCUUGCAAGUAAACGUGAAAGCAGAUUUGUUUCCAGUCCAGUUUUAUGUGAUGGAUGUCCACUAAAGUUUGUGGCAGUUGCAGACUCUACACGGAGAAUAUACAUAUAUUGUCAGCCCCUACCAAAUGAUUCUAAGGAUACAGAACUCCGAAGACGUUCUACAGUUGACUCGUCUUCGACAGGAAAGCAACAGAUUAUACAUGUGGCAUCACAACACGUAGUUACCCUACCAACUAAUGACCCAAUAAUUGGCUUUGCUACUACAGAUAAACCCUAUCCAUCAAUUUUAGUAUGCACACAGUCUACAUUUUACUUGUUAUCACUUGAUGGAUGAACGUAAAUUCCCUGCAUAUUUGUUGUACUAAAUUUUACAUAAAACUUAAUAAAGGCUAUUUUCGGGUCCUAA